AUGGCGCCAACGCAAUUACCAGAGUCGGGCAAUCCCUUGGUCUUUUUUGACAUUACUCUCGGAGGCGAACCCCUGGGAAGAAUCACGUUUGAGCUGUUCAAGGACGUCACGCCCAAGACGGCCGAAAACUUUCGCCAGUUUUGCACGGGCGAGAGCAAGGACUCGGUCGGCCGGCCCCAGGGCUACAAGGGCUCCAAGUUUCACCGCAUCAUUUCCAACUUUAUGUGCCAAGGCGGCGACUUUCUCAACGGCGACGGCAGCGGCUCCACGUGCAUCUGGGGCUACAAGUCGUUUGAGGACGAAAACUUUACGCUCAAGCACGAGCAACCCGGGUUGCUCUCGAUGGCUAAUGCUAACUCGACCGCGCAGAACGCCGGCCCCAACACCAACGGCUGCCAGUUCUUCAUCACGACGGCGCCGACGCCGUUUCUCGACAACAAGCACGUCGUGUUUGGCAAGGUCGCCGACGGCUUGGAUGUGGUGCGCAAGAUGGAAGCCACCAAGACGGGCUACAAGGGCAAGGACGUGCCGAACAUGGACGUUGUCAUUGCGCAGUGCGGCGAGAUGUAA